CACCACUCUCGCUAGUGCAGGUUAAUUGCGAUUUGCCGACGUUCCUGAUUAUUCUUCUUCAUCACCGCAUCGAUUGGUGAAGCUAUUUCGGCUGCAGGUGUACCGGUAUGACUCGUGCCCGCCUCGCCAGCCGCAAGGCGUGCAAUAAUGGCACGAUCAACAGAGGCGUCGGCCACAGCAUCAAGAAGGCGCAGAAGAACAAAAAGCCACGUGGCAAACGAACGAACAUCAUGCCAUUUGGGGAGCGAACUCCGUCACCAAAGGUGAAACCCUCCGACCGCGUGUCCAACGUGUCCACCUCGCCUAAAGCCAAGCCCGACGCCGCCUCCGACAACAAGUUCUUCCGCAGCCGCGACCUCAACAGGAAGGCCACCGUCUCCAUGUCCAAAGGACUCAAGUACCAGGUGACGAGCGGCGGUCUUGUCCGGAGCCCGGCCCCCACCCGCCUCGGUCCGUUCAAGAGCUUACCAGCAGCGGUGCGGCCCAGGCCCGCUCCCAGUACGCCCACCUCGGCGCCGGCCCGGCGCGACCUGCUGACCGCCACCGACGACCUGGACGGCGCCGAGCUCCGCGCAAGCACCAGGAGGUGA